AUGGAUGCAGAACUUCGUGCUCCACUCUCACCGGUCUGUCUGAUCGAUGGCCACCUAACUGAGAAAGAGGAUGUUCUGUGGGUGCGAAAUCCCGACCGUCAUCUUCAAAAUACUACAGUUGCCAGCAGCGAUGGCGAGAAACUGUUUUAUGUUAAAGGUCCGGGUGAUUAUCAGUCAAUGACUUUCCGACGCCCCGUAAAGGACCCCGAAGGAAAUGCUGUAUUCGACCUACGUCGCUAUGCAGUGGAUCUGAAGAUGCGAUGGUUCGUGCAAGACUCCAAUGAGAAGAAAAUAGCAGAGUUGUGUCAUGAGCGCUUUUUCACCAGCAAACAUACUGCAAUCAACGCCAGAAUAUGCCAUUCUGGUGAGGUAGUGGAAAUGCGACCACGCGAUGCGCAAGGCUCAACGUGCUACGUUAGUAUAGGCAAUGCUACUAUUGCUGAAAUUACCGUGCAUACCAACAACACGCCAAAGCUUAUCGUACGUGAUCGCGACAUGUCGGUUCUUCGUGUUCGGGUGGCUAGAGGUGUAGAUUUGAGUUUGGUUGUCUUAAUGGCAUUGGUCAGAGCAGAAAUGAUGCAUAUCUGGCGAAAGUAG